GCAGUGUACGCGCGUGUGUGCGAGAAUAGUGAUGCAGUUUGGUAGCGCCGCCUGUAUUUAAUAUCAAUUUAAAAUAAGUUACUUGCGUCCAAUUUGGUUCGAGUUAAAUUUUAGCCACUGUGAAGAUCGGUACAACACUAAAAAAAUAUUUAGUGCGCGCGUUAAAUAUCAAUUUUUGCGGCUUCAAUUUCGACUAUUUGUCAGUAUUUGUUCACUUUUCGUGUGCGUUCCUAGUGUACAAGAAAGGAAAGGCGACCGUUAGCUCUCACUGCCCCGCUAGCAACAACAUAAGUUACAUUUCCGAGUGCAUCUUAUAAAAUCUUAUAGAGCGCUUUUCAACGUUUUAUCCGCUGGGUGUUGAUUGCUCCAAGUCUAGCAUCAUUACUGUACAGUAAAAGGAGACGUACGUCAAAAUGGCUGUUAUACUAGACGAAGUCUACGACUGGUACAGAGAUCUCAUGGACAAUCGCAGUGAUCCACGUGUCAAAGAUUGGCCUUUGAUGUCAUCGCCAUUUCCCACCUUAGCACUCUGCGUAUUCUAUGCCUACUUCAGCAAAUCGCUUGCGCCGCGCCUGAUGGCGAAGCGAAAAGCCUUGGACUUGCGUAAAGUACUUGUCUACUACAAUCUCUUUCAGACAAUAUUCAGCGCGUGGAUUUUCUAUGAGUACUUAAUGAGCGGUUGGUGGGGCAACUAUAGUUUCAAAUGUCAACCUGUUGAUUACUCUAAUAGUCCAUUGGCUAUGCGUAUGGCACGCACCUGUUGGUGGUAUUACAUUUCCAAAUUCACAGAGUUCUUUGACACGAUAUUCUUUAUAUUGCGUAAGAAAAACGAACACGUCUCAACGUUGCAUGUCAUUCAUCAUGGCUGCAUGCCCUUCUCCGUAUGGAUGGGCAUGAAAUUCGCGCCAGGUGGCCACAGUACAUUCUUUGCCUUGUUGAACUCCUUUGUGCACAUUAUCAUGUACUUCUAUUAUAUGAUUGCUGCAAUGGGUCCGAAAUACCAGAAAUUUAUAUGGUGGAAAAAGUAUCUUACCACUUUCCAAAUGGUACAAUUUGUCGCCAUUUUCACUCAUCAGUUCCAGUUGCUUUUUAGAGAUUGCGAUUAUCCUAAAGGAUUCAUGGUUUGGAUCGGCCUGCAUGGCAUUAUGUUCCUGUUUCUCUUCUCUGACUUUUAUAAAGCCAAGUAUACAAAUGCACGCGUGCGCAGUGCGGCGACAAAGGCCAAUACAAAUGGCUACACUAAAAUACCUGCGACGAAUGGCAAAUGUGCGCCAACAAGCAAUGGCGAUUUGUCCAAUCAUUUAGUGGCGUCGAAUAAUAACAAGGGUGCUUGUAUGCCCGUCAUGGAUGAUGAUGAAGUCGAGGUCAUCAAGUCAAACCAUCACUUAACCAAUGGCUAUAAGAAUGGCUUCGCUAAUGGCCAUGCAUUUAAAGAGGGUGACGGUGUACUCUCAUCAAAUGAUGCUAUACUAAAUCCAGAUAGCAGUAGCUCUAGUCUACAUCAGCGGAAAGUCAAAUAAGCAUAAAGUGUAACAAACAAUUGAAUAAUAAUCAUACAAACUAUAAGAAAAGCAACAACAAGCAAAUUGUAGUUAGCAUUAGGGUAUACAUAUAUGUAUUCAUAAAAAAAAUGAUUAUUUUUUAUAUAUACAUAAAUUAUAUAUUUAAUAAUUUAAAAGCGAGUAAAAAGGAGCUUUUAUAUCUAAAAGUUGGAAAUGGAAAUACAAGAAAUAAUUAUAAUUAAAAUAUAUACAAUAGAGCAGCAACAAAGAAGAAUAAGUUCUAAGGUCUAGUAUGCAUGUAUGUCUAGAACUAAUUUAGAAUCACCAAGUUGUUCAAAUAAUUUGCAAUAGAUAUGUUAAUGUAUGAACAAAGCGAGCAAAGAAAAAAUCAUACAUAAAGUUGCUCACGUAUAUUCGUUAUUUAGUUUUUUUUUUUCAAAAUGUUUUCCAUUAUAAAUCUUUGGCGUUAAUUUUUAUU